AUGCAGGAGGUGACGAUCUACGCGACGGCGAUGCAGGCGGUCCGGCGCACGGCCGACGACUGCCGCCGGACGUUGGCGCUGCUUGACGCCUUUGGCGUGGCCGUCUCCGUCGUGCUUGUCGACUCGCCGGAGCUGCGGGCGUUUGUGCAGGAGCUGCUGGCGAAGCAGGCGGCCAUCGGGUGGCGGCUGCAGCACGGCCUCGGCCCCGCCCCGCCGCUUCAGCUGCCGCUCUGCUUCGUCGGCCCGGUGCUGGUGGGCACCCACGACGAGCUGGCGGAGCUCAACGAGGCGGGCACGCUGCCGCAGUCGCUGCGCGCCGCAGGCUACGGCGGAAGUUUCCGGGCCGCCGCCCACAACGAGAUAUCUGUGGGCAACGCUGCGACACCCGCGGCGGCGGCUGCUGCUGCUGCGCCUCCGGACGCUGGGGGAGGCGCCACCACCACCGCCAACGGCAGCGGCGACGACGGCGAUGGGGAGGAGGAGGAGGAGCCGCCGCCGCCGCCGCCGCCUGACUCCGAAGAGGAGGCGGAGGCGGAGGGAGCCGACAGUGCCCUGCACAGCGGCGCCCUGGACGACGAUGACGAGGAACCGCCGCCGCCGCCGCCGCCGCUGCCUGAAGACGAGGAGGAGGAUGAGGAAGACGCCCCGCCACCAUCGCCCCCGCCGGAGGACUGA